AAAAAAUGAAAAGAAAGAGAAGGUGAAAUAAUUUUCUAAGAACACUAUGAAUGCAAGCAUAUGAAAGGAAACUGUCUCGAAUUUUCUCCUACUAUUGUCUUCUGUACUGUAUAUACCUGCUUAUUCUGACUGGAGAAGAAAGGAAAAUCGAAACCCAAAUUCCUCUUCCCUUAUGCAGCAUGGCAUAUGGAAGCAACGGCAAGCGUGGCACAACGAACAGCGAUAACUCUACCCAACACGACAACAACAGAGGUAAUAACCACCACAUCGUGAAUAUCUCCACCCCUUCUGUUACCACCACCACCAUUUCCCUCCCUAACAACAACCCAAGCCCCACUCCAAAUCACUUCCCCCAAUUCUCCGGAACCGCUCAGUCCUUCAAUAACACCGAAAACGGGUCACAAGAUUUUAGCCGCGCCAAGAUCAAGAGCCCUGUAACUGGAAAUUCCUUCAACAACAUCGGAUCAGGUUCCCAAAGUUUCAGAGAUGCAGAGAUUCGUUGUUCCAAGGAAUCUAGCAAACAGAGUAGAUCUAUUUUCUCCAUCAAACAAAACCGUGCGCCCCAAGGCGGAACUCUCCACUCCUUCAAUAAUAACGGUAAGGGAUCCCAGUGUUUCGACGGUUUCAAGCUCAACUGAGAGCACUUAUGAGGUUUCCAAUUUAUCCAUUUCAAUCUGCUUUUAAAGUUUCAGACUUGUAUUUCAAAACCUUCUAUCGUACUAUACUUAUGUUAUUUGCAUAUUGGUGAAGAAAAGAUAGAACCGAUAACAGAGAUAAGCUUUGAUUCUAUGCUUAUGUUAUUUGCAUAUUGGCGAAGAAGAGAGGAAAGAAUGAGAGAGAUAACCUGUUUGAUUCUAUGCUUCAAUUUUAUUACAGUUUCCGUACUUAUGCAACA